AUGCUGAACUCUUGGGAUCAUGCCUUUGCUACAGAGGUGAAGCAUUGUGGUGAGGCUCUUCAACGGCAAAAAUGCCAUGCUGUGUGUCACAAGUAUGGGAAUGAUAAUCGCUGCAAGUUCCUUUUCCCUCAUGAAGUCAUCGAAACUUCGCAUUUUGAUGCAGACUCCAACUCUGUCCUGCUAAUGUGCAGGGACUCCACAGUGAAUUACUUCAAUCCAUAUGUCCUUGUUUUCUGUCGCCACAAUCAUGAUAUAAAGUGCAUACUGUCAGGCAAGGGCAUGAAGGCUGCAAUGUUUUAUGUUUCAGACUACAUUACAAAGAUGGAUGUCAAAACAUAUGAGAUGCUGUCUCUGCUG